AUGACCGUGUUAAGCGCAGCCAUAAGCACGAAGAGCAAAAUCUUAGUUUCGCGGCAGUUCCAGAACAUCAGCAAAUGUGACUUGGACUCGCUGACCAUCCCGUUCCACAACCUAAUCGAGCGGGAGAGGAGCGACCACACUUAUAUAGAAACGGACAAAGUGAGGUACGUAUACCAGCCGCUGGAUAGCAUUUACAUCUUCCUAAUAACCAAUAUAAAUUCGAACAUUAUAGAAGAUUUAGAAAUAAUUAAAGUGCUCAGUCAAAUUAUACAGGACCUAUGUCAGGGUAACAUUAACGAAAGUACAAUUUUGAAGAAGUGCUUUACCAUCAUAUUUUACAUCGACGAAUUGAUCAAAAAUGGAGUGCGAGAGAUAGUGAACAGUAACCAGAUAAAGACCUACAUCGAAAUGGAAUCUCAUGAGGAGAAAUUGCAGACCAUCAUUAGGGAGAAUAAGGAGAAGGAGGAGAAGGAGAGGAGGAAGUUUAUCGCGUCCAAGCUGGAGAAGAAUAGGCAGAAGCAGGGCAAGGCGGGCAGCAACAGUUUUCUCUCCAACGAGGUCCUCUCGAACGCGGACUACGGCGCGGGUUACGGAGCGGGUUACGGCGCGGGAUACAACACCAGCUCGGGCUACGGCGCAAACUACAACGCAAACUACAACGCCAACGCGAUGGACCACUUUCUGUACAAAACGGAGGAGCCCAGCGAGGGCAUCCUGGACGAGGGCUUCAACGCAUAUAGAGGCAUGCAGCUCUCCAGCAAAAAGGAGCAAGUGAAAAUCCUAAACGUAGUCGACAGCAGCAAAACGAUCAACAAGCCGAACAUCAAUGUGAAUGCCCUCUUUGAUAAACCCAUCAACAUAGUAAUAAAUGAAAAUGUUAUUUGUACCCUAAGCUCGGAAGGAACCCUCUGCGAUUUGGACAUCCAGGGAACCUUCAACAUGCAAAUAAAUAAUCACAAGUACUCAAAAGUUAUCCUACAAUUGGAUAACGAAUAUGCAGACAAGGCCAAAAUACACCCCAUAUUAGACAAAGGCAAGUAUAAUUCAAAUGUACUGGAAUUAAAAGAUAAGGGGAAAAAUUUCCGUAUUAAUACAAUUUACCCUUUACUCAAGUGGAAAAUAAAUCACCUGAACGAUUCAUACAUUCCACUGAACAUCAGCUGUUGGCCAUGUGAAGAUAAUGAAAGUACUCUCCUAAGUUUAGAAAUCGAAAAUAAAAGAAAAAAUGCUGAGGAUGUGAUAUACGAUUUGAACGUCAAUUUGAUGUGCCCUUCUUCUAGUAAGCCACAGAUUAUGAGCAAAGAUAAAGGCAUUAUUGAACAUGAUGGUAUUCUUCUCGCUUGGAAGGUAGAUGCUCUGAAGAGCAACCAGAACUGCCAAAUUGAAAUUUCCAUUCAGUCCAAGCCGGAGAGCGUCUUCCCCUUUUCUGUGGAGGCCAAAUCGAACAUACUGGCGCACAAGCUGAACGUCUUGAAGGUCUUUGACGAGGAUACACAAGAGGAUAUUGAGUACGAAAUUAAGAGGAAUAUUACUUACCUCUUCACCAUCAAUAAGUAG